CAGUAGAGGAGAGGAAGGGUCUGAGGUGAAGUUAACCAGACAGUAGGGGGUUCAGGGGAGACAGUGCGUGUGAGGGAAAGACAGAGGACACUGCUUUUGGUAUGGGGAAAAAAGAGAAGUUUGGAGGUGAGAGCGCGCGACUCAGGGGCAGCAGAAAAUGGGUGUUGAGAGAGAGGCUGCCGGAGAGUUUGGGGACAGCCUCCCCCCCAGCUUCCUUUCCAAGACUUUUGGCUGUUUCCUUUUGCUCCUCCCCCUGCUCCCUGCCUCCUCUGAUCCCUCCCUCCUCCUCCUCCUCGCGCCGUAAUGGGAGGCUCCAAAGAGGAGAAGCAAAAGAAGGAAUUGUUUGCGAGUUCAGUCAUCCAAAAAGGCUUCUUCCAUAUGGAGGGACCGGGUGCGCCAGGCGCGGCGUCCCUUGCCUUGUCCCCGUGCUGCCACCGCCGCCGCAGCCCCCGCUUCCUGCCGCGGGGACCCUGAGCCCGGGCCUGCGGGUGUCGGCCGCCACGCGCGCACACCCCACACACACUCACACACACUCACACACACUCACACCCGCCGCAGCCACGCGCGCCCGCACGCGCCCUCCCUCCCUGGCCGCAACGUCUCGGUGUGGAGCUCUUUCGUGGCUCCCGCUGCUGCCGCUGUCCCGUUUUGUGUGUCCCUGGGUGUCACUGUGCGCUCUGGGUGUCCGUGUGGCGCGGUGUGCGUGGCUCACCGCGCGCCCACGACUCUGGCCCCCGAGCCCUGGCUUGCCCUUCCCAGGCGCCAGCUGCAGCAGAGUCCCAGAACAAGCUUCCUGGAACCCAUGACCCAUGAAGUCUUGUCAACAUUCACACCGUCGGAGGGUAGCAGCAACGAAGUAGAAGAAGCAGAGUGCUGUAGGGAACUGCACUGUCUUCUUUGAGUGACCUGCGGUGGCUUAUGGGACGUUGGGUUGGGACCCUUUGUGAUCCACCAUGCUGCUUGGGGUGACGACGGUUCAGAGAGGGAAGAAGCCAGCGGUCACACUGGCCUGCCUCCUCUUCGCCACAGCAGGCUGCUUGGCAGACUUGAAUAAGGUCCCCCAGGUCACUGUCCAGCCCACUUCCACCGUCCAGAAGCUCGGGGGAACUGUGAUCCUGGGCUGUGCAGUAGAGCCCCCGUGGAUGGACAUCACCUGGCGCCUGAACGGGAAGGAGCUGAAUGGCUCAGAUGAUGCUCUGGGGGUCCUCAUCACCCGCGGGACCCUCGUCAUCACCGCCCUCAACAACCACACGGUGGGACGGUACCAGUGUGUGGCCCGGAUGCCUGCAGGGGCCGUGGCCAGCGUGCCAGCCAUGGUGACACUAGCCAACCUCCAGGACUUCAAGUUAGAUGCACAGCACGUAAUCGAAGUAGACGAGGGGAACACGGCGGUCAUCGCCUGCCAUCUGCCGGAGAGCCACCCGAAGGCCCAGGUCCGAUACAGCGUCAAACAGGAGUGGCUGGAGGCCUCUCGAGAUAACUACCUGAUCAUGCCAUCUGGGAACCUCCAGAUCGUGAACGCCAGCCAGGAGGACGAGGGCACGUACAAGUGUGCCGCCUACAACCCAGUGACCCAGGAGGUGAAGACCUCCGGCUCUGGCGACAGGCUGCGCGUGCGCCGCUCCACUGCAGAGGCUGCCCGCAUCAUCUACCCCCCAGAGGCCCAGACCAUCAUUGUCACCAAAGGGCAGAGUCUCAUCCUGGAGUGUGUGGCCAGUGGGAUCCCACCCCCACGGGUCACCUGGGCCAAGGACGGGUCCAGCGUUGCUGGCUACAACAAAACGCGCUUCCUGCUGAGCAAUCUCCUCAUCGACAGCACCAGUGAGGAGGACUCGGGGACCUACCGCUGCAUGGCCAACAAUGGGGUCGGGGAGCCCGGGGCAGCCGUCAUCCUCUACAACGUCCAGGUGUUCGAGCCUCCCGAGGUCACCAUGGGGCUGUCCCAGCUGGUCAUCCCGUGGGGCCAGAGCGCCAAACUCACCUGUGAGGUGCGCGGGAACCCCCCGCCCUCCGUGCUGUGGUUGAGGAAUGCUGUACCCCUCACCUCCAGCCAGCGCCUCCGCCUGUCACGCAGGGCUCUGCGUGUGGUCAGCGUGGGGCCCGAGGACGAAGGUGUCUACCAGUGCAUGGCCGAGAACGAAGUCGGAAGCGCCCACGCCGUGGUCCAGCUGAGGACCGCCAGGCCUGGCAGCACCCUGAGGCCGUGGCGAGAUGCUAAGUCAGAUGUGGCCACACCUCCUGCACCACCUUCCAGACCCGGCAGCCCUGACCAGCUGCUGAGGGGGCACCCAGGGCUUCAGCGGCCCCUGACGGGAAUGCAGUCUGCUUCCCUGCCGUGCCCAGGGGAGAAGGGCCAGGUGGCUCCUGCCGAGGCCCCUGUCAUCCUCAGCUCGCCCCGGACGUCCAAGACUGACUCGUAUGAGCUGGUGUGGCGGCCUCGGCACGAGGGCAGUGGCCGGGUGCCCAUCCUCUACUAUGUGGUGAAACACCGCAAGCAGGUGAUGAAUACCUCUGAUGACUGGACCAUCUCCGGCAUUCCAGCCAGCCAGCACCGCCUGACUCUCAGCAGACUCGACCCCGGGAGCUUGUAUGAAGUGGAAAUGGCCGCUUACAACUGUGCCGGCGAGGGCCAGACAGCCAUGGUCACCUUCCGAACUGGACGGAGGCCCAAACCCGAGAUUGUGGCCAGCAAGGAGCAGCAGAUCCAGAGGGACGACCCUGGAGCCAGCCCCCAGAGUAGCAGCCAGCCGGACCACAGCCGCCUCUCCCCCCCAGAAGCCCCAGACAGGCCCACCAUCUCCAUGGCCUCUGAGACAUCAGUGUACGUGACCUGGAUUCCCCGUGGGAAUGGAGGGUUCCCGAUUCAGUCCUUCCGUGUGGAAUACAAGAAGCUGAAGAAAGUGGGUGACUGGAUUCUGGCCACCAGUGCCAUCCCACCCUCACGGCUCUCCGUGGAGAUCACAGGCCUAGAGAAAGGCACUUCCUAUAAGUUCCGAGUCCGAGCCCUGAACAUGCUGGGGGAGAGCGAGCCCAGCGCCCCCUCCCGGCCCUACAUGGUGUCAGGCUACAGCGGCCGUGUGUAUGAGAGGCCCGUGGCAGGCCCCUACAUCACCUUCACGGAUGCAGUCAAUGAGACCACCAUCAUGCUCAAGUGGAUGUAUAUUCCAGCAAGUAACAACAACACCCCAAUCCACGGCUUUUAUAUCUAUUAUCGACCCACAGACAGUGACAACGAUAGUGACUACAAGAAGGAUAUGGUGGAAGGGGACAGGUACUGGCACUCCAUCAGCCACCUGCAGCCGGAGACCUCGUAUGACAUUAAGAUGCAGUGCUUCAACGAAGGAGGCGAGAGUGAAUUCAGCAACGUGAUGAUCUGUGAGACCAAAGCUCGCAAGUCUCCUGGUCAGCCUGGUCAUCUCCCGCCCCCAACACUGGCCCCAGCGCAACCACCACCCCCUGAGACCCUAGAGCGGCCCAUGGGCACCGGGGCCAUGGUGGCACGCUCCAGUGACCUGCCCUAUCUGAUUGUUGGCAUCGUCCUGGGCUCAGUCGUCCUCAUCAUCGUUGCCUUCAUCCCCUUCUGCUUGUGGAGGGCCUGGUCUAAGCAAAAACAUACUGCAGACCUGGGUUUUCCUCGAAGCGCCCUUCUGUCUUCCUCCUGCCAAUAUACCAUGGUGCCACUGGGAGGACUCCCAGGGCACCGAGACAGUGGGCAGCCCUACCUCAGCGGCAUCAAUGGACGGGCCUGUGCCAACGGGGUACGUGUGAAUAGGGGCUGCCCUGCGGCUGCAAUGGGCUACCCGGGCCUGGAACCUCAGCCACACUGCCCAGGGGAGCUUCAGCAGCAGGAUGACACCAACAGCCUGCUGAGGCAGACCAUUCCUGGAAACGGACAUGACCCCCAGAGCCACCAGCUCACCAGGACUCCCACGCCAAGCCCGGACGAGGGCUCGCUCCUGUACACGCUGCCCGAUGACUCAGCUCUCCAGCUGCUCCAGCCCCACCGGGACUGCUGCCACCUCCAGCAGCAGCCUGCUGCCACUGAGAGCCCUGGGGUGGAGGCAGCGUGGGACCCUCCGUCUCACUCAGGUCCCCCGUGCUGCCUGGGCCUCAUACCAGUGGAAGAGGUGGACCGUCCUGACUCCUGCCGAGUGGGUGGAAGAGACUGGUGCCCCCGGCACCGCACGGGGGCCUACCUAGGGCGGGAGCCUGGGGUGCGGCUCCCCACUGGCCGUGUGUCUUUUGAAACACCGCCCCCCACAAUUUAGACAGAUCCAGCCCCCAGAAAGACUAUAUGUUUUUUUUUAAGACAGAGAAAAUUGGUAUUUAUUUUUCUAUCAUAGCCAUAUUUAUAUAUUUAUGCACUUGUAAAUAAAUGUAUAUGUGUCUUUAUGAUUCUGGAGAGACAUGGGGAUCCCUACCCCUUGAGGUCUGAGAGGGAGAGCCCAGAAGCCUCCAUGUAAAAGGCCGACAGGGAAGGCCUGAGGCCGACGGGCCAGAACACAGACCCUGGAGAGCAGCCUCCCCUUAGGACCUCCCCAGCCGGCUGUUCACCUGUCCACGCCGACUAGAGGAAACGCCAGGUGAGCCGCCUCACGGAGGGCCGGCGCACAGGCGCUGGCUGGAAGGACGGGGCACUAGAGCAGGCCUUUUCUGAGCAGCCUGGGAGGGCAGACUGCAACGCGCACAGUACUGUAAGUAUUAACAAAGCGCCCAGAAUCAAUCAGCUGCGGCAACAUAUCUCUGUAAAAACAAACACUCUAACUUCUAAAUAAAUGUUUAGUCUUC